AUAAUCACACUUUGUUGUGAAAGCUAUAACACUCCUAUUAAAGACGGGAAAUUGGAAGAAAUUGAAGGUUUUGCAUAUUUGGAAGAAGAAGAAAUGGCAAUGGGUGUUCCAAUAUGCGUGCAGUGCGGGACGAGGAGCAACCCGUGCAGGUGCAAGGUGGUGGGCCCCACCGUCGGCUUCCUGGCGUUCACGGCGGCGGCACUGGUGGAGUGGCCCGUCGGCGCCCUCGUCUACUGCUUCCGCCACAUGAAGGGCCGCCGCAUCAUGGCUCAUCCCGCCACCGUCGUCUACCCAGCCGUCACCAACUCCAUCCCUAUUUAAACAAUACGUCUCGUUUACUUUCUUCACUCAUUCUCAGCUUCUUCUGUUUUUUUUCCUUCAAUGUUUAUGUCAAGAAUAACAAUGUUAUCUAUGUAAGUAUCCUCUUUAAUUUCCAUACGGGGUAUAUCGAUCUUGUAUACAA